AUGGCCACCCUCAUCGCACUCACGGUGUUGUGGACCCUGGUGGUCCAGGUCUCUGCCAAAUUUGUAGUAAAACCUAGCUCUCUGCUGCCGAUUCCCAACAAGCCUCGGGUGUUUAUUCUGUCGGAUAUCUCGAACGAGCCCGAUGAUCAAGAGUCAUUGACGCGGUACUUGCUUUACGCCAACCAGUUCCAGACUGAGGGUAUCUGCGCGGUGACGUCGACAUGGCUCACAGACGAAGUUCACACCGAGGAUAUGCUGUCUGUCGUCAAUGCCUAUGGGAAUGUCACGGAUAACCUUAACCGUCACGCUCCGGCAGACUCGCCUUAUCCCACGGGCGACCACAUUCGCAGCUUGCUGCGAAAGGGUGCCGAGACCUAUGGAAUGAAGGCCGUUGGAAAAGACGUUCCUCUCAGUGACGGAGGCAAGCUCCUGCUCGAACGCCUUCAAGACGACUCUGACCAGCCCCUCUGGGUGCUGGGCUGGGGCGGCGUGAAUGUCCUCGCGCAGGUCCUGUACAAGGUCCACGAAACGCACUCCGAGACCGACGCAGCAGCAUUGCGAGCCAAGCUUCGCGUGUAUGCCGUCUCCGACCAGGAUGAUUCCGGCCCCUGGAUCCGCCAGCAAUACCCGGAUAUCUUCUACAUCUCCUCGACACAUGGUUGGAACCAGUAUGGACUGGCAGCAUGGACUGGCAUCUCGGGCGAAAACUAUUAUUGUGAGGAUGUGGGUGGUCCUGACUCGACCAAGGUCUCUCACAAAUGGCUGCGCGAUAAUAUCCAGAUUGGACCGUAUGGCAAAAUUGCGUAUCCCAGUUUCAAAUACAUCAUGGAGGGAGAUACCCCGACAUUCCUGUACCUCAUCCAAAACGGCCUUGGUGUGCCUGAGCAGCCGGACUAUGGUUCGUGGGGAGGCCGUUAUUCCAAGGUGAUCCCGUCCACUGAGUUGAACUUCAACCACUACAGCGACGCUGCGGAUCGUGUGAAGGGUCAGAACAACGAAACUUUCAUCUCCAGCCGAGCAACCAUCUGGCGCUGGCGCGAGGCCUACCAGAAUGAUUUCGCCGCACGCAUGCAAUGGUCUCUUCCCGCUAAUGCCAGUCGGGCGAAUCACCACCCCAUCAUCUCCAUCAAUGGCAGUGAGGAACUGGCACCGUUGAACAUGACCGUACAAGCCGGGUCGACUGUGACAGUGAAUGCCGCUGGGACUACAGAUCCGGAUGGAGAUCGCCUUUCUUUCCGCUGGUUCCAGUAUGAGGAGCCGGGCUCUAGUGACUGGAAUGUUGCUGGCCAAGUGCCUGUGUUGAAUGUCAGUCUUUCGCAGAGUGGUCGAAUGGCGCAGGUGCAGAUUCCAGAAGAGAAGGAGAGUUGCAAUGGCAAGGGCUUCAAUCCUUCGGGAUGCUGGUUGCUCCAUCUGAUUCUGGAGGUCACGGACAAUGGCUACCAUCCAUUGACGAGCUACCGUCGGGUGCUUCUGCAGACGAUGAACUCGACACAGACCGUGUCUUAA